UCCUGCCGUUUCAGCACCAUGAAGCUUCUCACAGGCCUGGUGUUCUGCUCCUUGAUCCUAGGAGUCAGCAGCAUUUUUUCAUUCAUUACUGAGGCCGCCCAAGGGUCUUGGGACAUGUGGACCUACUCCGACAUGCGAGAAGCCAACUACAUAAAUGCAGACAAAUACUUCCACGCUCGGCGGAACUUCGACGCUGCCCGAAGGGGCCCCGGGGGCGCCUGGGCGGCUGAGGUGCUCAGGUACCUGAGCUUCUGGGGACACCAGGGGAAUAUUAAGGGCCUCACAGGCCACGGAGCAGAGGACACGGCGGCUGACCAGGCUGCCAAUGAAUGGGGCCGGAGUGGCAAAGACCCCAACCACUUCAGACCCGCUGGCCUGCCUGACAAGUACUGAGCUUCCUCCUCACUCUGCUCUUUGGAGAUCGAGUUGUCAGCCCCUGCGGGUGCAGAGAGUUAUUGUUGGACUUGGGUCCCUAGAAGCUGGAGCAGGGUACACGUAGAUUUUUAAUAAAUGUUUAUAGACUGA